UAUUUAGUAUUUACCCAAAAUUCUCACAUCGAAUUAUGAUCAGGUGCGCAACACCUCCAUUGCUUCCCCUGAGGAUGCUAUCAUCACCGUCCUCACCGUCAUUGUGCUUCUCAUUCUCCUCCUCCUCAUCAUCCAAUUGCCUAAACCCUAACCCUAGAUUCAACCUUUCCCUGAAAACUACACUUCCAUUUCCUAAACCUUCUCGUGCUUCUUCUCUCUUUGCCCUGCCCUUUAAGAUUUUUCUCUUGCAUUCUCUGAAUUUUCAACAAAGUAUGCCCCUUUCCAGCUGUUUGUGUCGACCCACUAACACCAUUCCUUUUUUGACCGAAAAUCCGGGACCCGAAUCGGAUGUUUCGGAUUCUAAAGCUCUCGUGGUGGUCUCCUUCUAUAAGUUUGCUGAUUUCUCUGAUCAUGCCUCCAUGCGACGGCCAUUGAAAAAGCUCUGCGAGGAACUGCGUGUUUCAGGUGGUAUCAUUCUUGCGCCUGAAGGAAUCAAUGGAAGUAUAUGUGGGACCCCUGAAUCAGUGGAAAGAGUUCUGGGGUUCAUUCAAAGUGAUAACCGCCUAAAGGGGCUAAGACAAAUAGAAUCACCUGUGAGUCCUGAGGAAGAAGCUAUCCAUCAUGGACACACUAACAGUUCUCCUCUUGCAGCUGGGGAAGAUGCACCCUUCAGAUGGGAUCAUGUGAGGGUCAAGUUGAAGAAAGAGAUUGUUACUCUUGGAAUGCCUACUGUAUCCCCUACUGAAAGGGUCGGGAAGUAUGUGAGCCCAAGGGAAUGGAACGCAUUGAUUAGUGAUCCAGAUACAGUUGUGAUUGAUGUGCGUAAUAACUAUGAAACUAGAAUUGGAAAGUUCAAGGGAGCAGUUGAUCCCUGCACUACAGCAUUCAGGGAGUUCCCAUCUUGGGUAGAGGAUCAGUUCGAACUUUCUGAAGGAGACACUGAGAAUUCAGAGGUGGAUCCCAACAGCUCAAAUGAAAGAACCAUAAAUCAAACAGAAACUCCCAAUGACAAAAUGCCACAGCGGGUUGCCAUGUACUGCACAGGAGGAAUUAGAUGUGAGAAAGCUUCAAGCUAUCUCCUCAGCAAAGGUUUCAAAGAGGUUUAUCAUCUAGAAGGUGGGAUUCUGAAGUAUAUUGAGGAUGUCCCAGAGAAAGAGAGCCUGUGGGAGGGAGAAUGUUUUGUGUUCGACAAGCGGGUAUCGGUGGACCAUGGUUUGGUUCAGGGAACUUAUAAGCUCUGUUAUGGAUGCAAGCAACCAGUGAGUGAAGCUGACAUGGAAUCCCCUGAGUGGGAAUACGGAGUUUCUUGCCCAUACUGUUAUUCUUCAAAAUCUGUGGAAGAGAAGGAGAGGGCAAGAGCCCGGCAAAGGCAAUUUGAGACAUGGGGCAUCAUCGGUGGUCCAGAUAAGGGUCGCAGACCAGAAUGUAAGAUAGAGGAUGUAAAGGGUGGUGCCCAGUUAUCAAAUUCAAUUUUAAGUCCUGAAAAUGAUAUGUUGAAGAAGAACUGUAUCUAAACGAAUGAAAGAAAAACUCGGUUUUCUAUAAACAUAGUGUCUAACAUUCUUUUUGUACUCUUUGACUUCUGUGAAACUUGGUAGAAUUUUCGGAAUAUGUGCGAUUGAGUUGUAAAGGGUGGUGCCCGGUUAUCAAAUUCAAUUUUAAGUCCUGAAAAUGAUAUGUUGAAGAAGAGCUAUAUCUAAACGAAUGAAAGAAAAACUCGGUUUUCUAUAAACACAGUGUCUAACAUUCUUUUUGUACUCUUUAACUUCUGUGAAACUUGGUAGAAUUUUCAGAUCAUGUGCGAUUGAAUUUCAUACAAAUGCUUUGAUGUUAAAAAGUCAAGACUUUUUGUGUGUUUUGGUCUGUGGUAGUUUCAUGGAAAUUUCAUAAAUGAAAGCAUCCCUUCUUCAGUAUCGUUAAUUUCAUUUUCUCAUUUUUCUUAUGCUUUGCUCACAACCUCGAAAGUGGGUGCAAACCUUUCCCUUUUGAAAAAUUCUAUUUUUCUACCAACUUUAAUUGAGUACACGGAAAAAAGAAAAAAAACAUAAUGAGUUUUUUUUUUUUUUCGUUUGGUUAUUUUGACUGUGAUUUUUCUAUUUUAAGAAAAACCAAUUCUUUGCUUAAAAAAAAAAAAAAAAAAAGGAUAAAUGAAAAGGAAACAGAGAAAAAGAGGAAUAGAUAAAUAAUGCAACGGAGAAUCUGGUCCCACACCCAUCAUAACAAUCGGACGGUAGAGAGUAAUUGAAUGUUAUUAUAUUGACCCGUAUGGGCGGGUUGGGGGUCAUUGACAUUUUGAGGAAACAAAAACUGUGAUUGUGAUUGUGAUUGUGUUUGAUUGAUUAAUUGGGGUUCGGAGCUUAGAAAGUAGGGCUAGCCUGUAAAGGAGGGGUUUUCGCAUUGCGAUCAAAAUCUGAGAGAAAAUGGCGGGGGAAGCUGGCCUUUUCAAGUUCCUAAGUCCAAGGCGUCGUCCCCAACCGGCCGAUAUCCAAGCCGUUGCUUUAUGGGGCGUCGCUGCCGGUUCCGGUGCUCUUUGGCUUGUCCAGCCAUUUGAUUGGUUGAAGAAGACCUUUUUCGAGAAGCCGGAGCCUGAGAACUGAAAAUUGAACUUCCUGGUAGAACAUGUCCGUUAUGUGGGUUGCUGACAAAAGACAAACCGUUGAAUAGUGUUGAAAUUGAUGAGACAAUUUUGGGAAGAGUUUGAUUUGAAUAAUGUAGUGUUUCAUUCUCUUUUGUGAGUAAUUGAUUCCUUGGAUGGUAAUAACUCUUUGUUAUGCAAUGCAGUUUUGCUUGCGCUUCACCUUUUAACUAAAGGUGCAGGAGAUCCUGCAAUUACCCAUGCCCAAUUCUAUUUCCCUUGAUUGAAUUUAUAUUGGAAUUCUAAUU